AUGAUACGAGCCUAUUACGUGGCACUUAUCGGUUCAAAGAAAGUGGCUGCUGAUCGGAUGAGGACCAAUAGUUUGAUUUUUUCAUCAUGUUUAUUUACACUCAUGUUACUGACCGUAUUAAUAACGUUUUCGUACGGAUUGACUCCACAAACAAAAGAUUUAUUCUAUAGCAUUAAAACAGAGGAGAUGAGUGGCUUUUCAGUUGAGUGGAAUGAAAAUAUGUUGGACUCGAAUGACUUUGAGCCAAAUUUUGUUGUUGAUGGAAAAUUAUUCUUCCGUGCUCAUCAAACCGAAAAUCAAGCAAGUACGGGAUCUGGAAAAAAACAAAUUCAUUCAUUGGACGCUGAUGGCAAGAUUCAAGUCUAUGCAGGUGAUGGCGCCGAAUUAGAAAAGAUCGAAAUGAUGUAUUCAAGUGGAAACAAAUUGUUUUUUUCUGCCAAAGAAGGUUUAUUGUUCACCGUAGAUAUCUCCUCAAAAACAACAUCUCCUUCGCAGUAUAGUUUGUUGAGUUAUUCGAGACAACAAGUGAACGGAUACUAUGUUAAUUUUCUCAAGAGCAAUAAUACUUUGCUUGUUUAUGCAGCAACAGCAACACAAUCGAUAGCACCACCACCUACAAGUCAGACCAUUGAAAUGGUUUACUUUCCACUAACAGUGCCAAAUGGUGGUGACGCUCUCUCUCCAUCAUUAUCAUCUCAGAAUGAAUUGACGGUAAUUGUCAACAAUGGCACCAAUAAUGCUUUUUUCCAGCUCUCGAUUGACCCUCCAACUACCAUUACACUAAAUGAGGUUGGUAAGUUGGCAGAGACAGACGAGAGUAUGCCAUUCAGUUGGUCCGAAUGUGUGCUGUUUCAUUACAAAAAUCAAAUUAUUGCUUAUAACAGGAGCAACAAAAAGUAUAAGAUUAUUAUAGAUAGUAUUCCAAACAUACAGUUCCACUCAUUCCAAAACGAUGUCUAUAUUGUCGGUUCGCGUGGAGGAAAACUGCAUGUUAUUAAGAAGGAUGGCACAGUAAGAACAAUGGAACAGUUAACUCAAGUCACUGACUUUUUCGCUGUUGAAAAUGGUUUUUACGCUGUUGAUGCAGAAUCGAGAGUUUUCAAUGUGAAAUUGGUCGACAAUGACGUAAAAGUAACAGAAGUUAAACUCACUUCACAAUGUGACGACUUGGAUUUCCUUACCUUGAACAAUGAAAAUUUAAUUCUUACAUGCCGUCAUAAAAUGACCAAACUCAACAGUGUCAUCAGAUUUUUUAAAGACGAAGAAUACCCACUUGUUGAGGAUGACGGUACUUCUGAUAAGGGAGGAUGGACCUUUUUUAUGAUUCCGUUGAGCAAGGCAAAUAUUGAAUUUACUUUAUUGGCAACAGCAAAUCAAGUCAACCCAAAAAUUAUCAGAUUUACGUUGAAACCUCCUAUUACGUGUCAUGGAAAGAACUUUACGGAUCCAACUGUCUGCAAUGGAAAGGGAAAAUGUGUCGCUAAUGAUGCUUGCUCUUGCUUUGGAAACUUUGAUGGAUCUGAGUGUGAAAAAUGUAAACGCCAAUAUGAGGGUCCAAAUUGUGAAUUUUUCAUUAUCCGUAAAUGUUUUGGAGUUCCAUACAAUGAUUCAUCUGUAUGCUCAGGAAGAGGAGAGUGUGUUUCAGAAAACACAUGUAAAUGUAGACACGAAUAUAGCGGCGAUAAGUGUCUUCUUACCACAUGUUUUGGAGUCAGCAGCAACUUUUCUGGUGUUUGCUCUGGACAUGGUUAUUGCUCAGAUUACAAUGUGUGUGAGUGUGAACACACAUACACGGGACCAAUGUGCGAAAUUUCUGACAGCCCAGUUCCGCAAGCCAAACUCUAUCCUAUCAUGAUCACCUUUGGAGCUCUGUCUUUGGUCACAGUUAUUCUGCUGUUGGCCAUGGUUUUUUGGUUCCUUGGAAAGCAUAGAAAAGAGUACCUCGCAACUUAUGGAAAACGAACUGUGGUGGCAUCUGAAGAUGAAGACAACUUGUUCUUGGAUGAAAUUGAGGAUGAUCAACCAGAAGCAACACAACGCGAGAAUUCGAAUAAGAAGUCACAAAACGAGUAUUCUCUCUCGUUGAGCGACGAAGAAUUGGAAGUUUACAACUAA